GACCUCGUCGGAGAGGCGGGAGGCGGGUUGCAGAAGCGUCUCCAGCAUGCACAGCUUGCUCUGCCGGAGCUCAAUGGCCGCGCGCGCAGUGUCUUUCACCAGACACACUCGGUUACAUCAUCGCGGACGGGAUUCUGCACUGGUGGAGAUUAGCUCCUCACCCAGCCUCACCGGGCCUUGUGUGGAGCCCAUGCUCUCUGGAUCGCAAUUGUCGUUGGUUCCUACUGAAGAUCGCUGCUUGUCCCAGUUUUCCAUCAUGGCGGCUGCGGUAAGCCCUCUAGUCUCGUCGCCCAUUUAUGAAGUCGCUACGGGCCGGUAGCUACGUACCACACUUCUCCUGCCCUCUUUGUCGGGCUACCCACUGUCGCUGUACAGUUCGCAGUCGUUUCUGUCUUUUUUCCCGUGUCCCUGGCCGUAAUGGAGCUCAGAUUACCCGUCGCGCUCAUCCUGUUGUCUUUCGCUACAUCAACAUAUGCUCAGACAAUAUCUCCAGCCUCUUCGGCGUCAGGAGCCGGAGCUUCCGGCCCUCUUGAUCCAUCCUUUGCCGGCUUCGGUAUUGAGCCUUCCAACAUAUUCUCCUUCACUGGAGGAAGCAGCGCAAACGAAUUGUCCGUCAAUCUUCUACAGAAUCUAGCUGACUACUCUGGUGCCCCGCCGCAUAUUCGCCUCGGUGGUAAUACUGGCGACUACAUGGUAUACAACUCAAGUUACACCAGCUACGAUUUUCAGACGAACGGUAACAACAUUUAUUCGUCAUCGUACCUGACCUUUGGGGACGCCUUAUUCAAAGCAAUCAACAGGUUCCCCACUGGAACGCCAAUCACCUUCGGACUCAAUUUGGCAUAUGAAGAGUCGGACUACAUUGCCAACAUCGUGCGAGAAGCACAGGCUGUCCUUGACAACAUCGGGCAUCUGACGCUGUACUCUUUUGAGAUUGGCAACGAGCCCGACUUGUAUGCAAAGAAUGGCUUUCGACAAGGAGCUUGGGACGGGCAGAUCUACACUCAAGAAUUCCUGGAACGAGCAUCAGCCAUCAGUGAGCAAGUGUUGAAGCCUGCAGGCUACAAAGAACAGUUCUUUGAGUCACCAGCCACUGCCUCGACGAUUGGCACAACCUUCACGAUCGAUGACCUGGUCUCGUACGGUAUAACCAAAGGAACGAAUGGUUCCGGUAACCUUGUCUCGGGUUGGAAUCAGCAUGACUAUUUCUACUUUGUGGAUGUGUCCACAUACGGAUUGACACUCGACCAUCUGAUGGAAUUGAGCAAUACGGAGUCCCAGUUUGCAUACUGGGUAACCGAAGUCACUGCAGGACUCGCAACCGGUCUUCCGUACUACCUUCGUGAAAUGGCAAGCGCUGGUCCGACGGGUCUUCCAAACAUCAGUAAUACUUUUGGUGCCGCGUUGUGGACACUUAAUUUCUUUUGCUAUGCUGCAACACUAAACAUUUCUUCUGUAGAAAUGCACAUGACGGACAAUUCGUACGCCGCUGCAUGGAUGCCAAUCUCUAGACCCAACAGUCCUACAGGAGUUCGACCGAGCUACUAUGCCUUUGCUGCGAUGGCACAGCUCAUUGGCUCUGGCAACGGGACGACACAGAUCGCAGCCGUGACUCCAAGCGGCUUGCCGUCUGAAUACACGACAUACGUUCGCUCAUACGCUGCGUAUACCGGCUCAAGUCUGUCCGCCGUGGUGAUCAUCAACGGCAUGCAGGCGAACAUUUCGACGACGAACAAAGGCGGUGUCACGUUUGAGCUGAAAAAUCUACCUGCGGGGCAGGAACUGUACAUUUCUGAACUCACUGCAGAUGGCGCUGAUGCUACUGCUGGAACGACCUGGAACGGCAUCAGCUUCGAGGACAGCGACAAUGGAACCCCUAAAACUGUCAAUAAAACGAUUUCCACAAUCACAAUUAGUAACAGUGGCACGGCAUCGGUCUACGUACGCGACAGCCAGGCAGUUAUUGCCAAUAUAGGCUUCCAGCUUGGCACUCGUGACGUCACCGUAGCGGGCGGCACUUCUCCUUCGACCAAGAAGCCUAGCUUGGCUACGAGCACUGGACAAGGUGCGAAGAACGCGGUUCUCCUGGCGCUGCUGAUAACGGCUGCCCUUGCAGUCUUCGACUUCCAGUGCUAACUUGGCGUAUCGCAGUAAGUGUAACGACAGACUACCUAGGUGCGACGCACCCUGCCAUACGGUCGGCUGCAACAUCCAUACACAAUGAACGGAUCGUGAAAGACUCAACGUUGGUCACCGUUCUUGCUGGUGGAUUAGUCGGCUUUCUGCUCUUGCAUGGACUUCGACGACGAUGAGAGGGAAGACAUUUGGCUUUGCACGACUACGGGCUUGAAACAAGGGAUAGACAAAGACAACAAAGCAUUGAGCAUGGAGUUUGGAUGCUUGCUUUUUUUUGUUUUGAUUCAUUGGGUAGAUGCGCUUGAUACCAUUCUCCUAGAACCGCAUAUGGAACGAAUUCAUCACGCGUCGAUGCGUGCGUGGCUUUUGUGUAUACAUGUAGAAACGUAAUGUAUAUACUGUUAAUGAUCAUGACUAGAUUGAGCCGAAGAAUAUAUCCC